CCUUUUGUAUUGUGACGUUUCCAAAGUUUGACUCAAGUAAAGCUUUGCUUUUUUCACAGCUUUUUAUUAUUUAAACCUGUGAUUAAAACACACUAUUUAUUUAGCUAAAACUUAAAAUUUGAGUAUAAAUGGACAAUUAUUAUUAAUAGUAUGGUGAUUAUGGAUAAAAGUGAGAGUGUUGGCACACUAGAAGAGCAGGCGCUCAAAAGAAAAGAAAGACUUAAAAAUCUGAAACGCAAGAAUCCUAGUAAUGAAAACGCUAUUUCUGAUUCAAAUGAAGCAGUAAUUCUGCCAAAACCAAGAUUCCGAAGUUAUAAACCCCAAGAUGAGCAAUUGCAGGAGGCGAAACUGGAGGAAGCACAGCCUACUCUUGUUGAGGAUGAAGUAAAAGAUUUACUUGAAGCUAGUAAAGAAAAGGUAGUAUUGCAGGAUUUAGAUAUAUCUAGUUUAGCCCCAAGAAAACCAGACUGGGAUCUCAAAAGAGAUGUGGCAAAGAAACUUGAAAAAUUAGAACGGAGAACACAAAAGGCUAUUGCUGAGCUAAUCUGGGAAAGAUUGAAGCAUGGAGGAGAAGACAACUUAGGAGCAAUGGUAACAAUGUCUGAAAAUAGACCUGCUGAUGAUGAUUAAUGAUAUAGUUUAAACAUAAAAGUAACACUAGUUGGACAAUUGAUUAUAUAGUAUUAGUUUGAUGUUGACAAAUAGACAUUCAUACAUGUAUAAGUAUAUGCACAUCUAUACAUAUAUGUUUUUCAUACAAAAAAUUUAACCUAACAAAGUCUAAAUGCAUAUGUGUGAAAUGAUUGAUAAUUAUUAUUUCCAAAUUCUAAUCUUAAUACCACAAACUUUGUUAAUAUCAACAUUGGAAGUUUUCUUAAUGAAAAAUUAACAAUGGUCCUCCUGAAUAAUUAGUGUUUAUUAAAUAAAAUGAAUUUAGUAUAUAAUUGUUUAGAAGUAAUUUUGUAAGAAAUUAUAUGGCAGAAUUAGAAAGCAGUUAGAAUUAGUGACUUUUGUAAAUUUACUCAAUACAAUAAAACUCAAAAAAUUGUUAAUAUGUAUUUAAUAUCACAGUUUAUUAAUUUAUCAAAAGUGUACAUUUAAUGAUACACAAUCAGUCUGUCAAUGGAUGAAGAGUUAAAAAAUAUUGCUAUAAAUACAAACAUUAUAGUACACACAUUUUGUGCAUCACAUUGAUUUUCAAUAAAUUAUCUAUAAAAUAUUUAUAUGUUUUACCUAAUGUAAUGUAUUGGCUAACCAGUGCUGGACUAAGGGGGGGGGCAGUCCGCCCCAGGCCUCUUAUCCUUGGGGGCCUCCAAAUGGCUGAAAGUUCCCUUGAUCAAAUCAUAAAUGGGGGUUGUAUUGCCUUAUCUUUCUUAGUUUCGUAGUUUUAGUAGGCGUCUCAGCAGGGGAUGCAGUGUAAACACAAAAUCAAGUUUCUGCAUCAGUUGUAAAAAGUUGUAGGUAAGGACCUAAUGCCGCCCCAGGCCCCCGACAGGGUUAGUCCGCCACUGUGGCUAAUAACUAUGAUAUUUUUAAAAUAUAUAAACAGCAUUGCUAAGUAACACACUUGAUUACAUUAAUUUAUUCUAUUUUGUUGAAACAGACUAUAUACAUGUAAUAAGCAUGCUUACGCUAUUGUAUAAAAAGAUCUUUCCAUGGUAGAUUUUAUAUGACAUUGGAAUGCCACUAUUGACUAUAUACCAAACAACAUAUUUCUUUAAUAUUUCCUCUUAAAUCUACCAAAUUUUCAAAAAAAUUGAAGUGAUUUAACCUAUAAAUAUUUGUAACUAACUAGUUUGUACCAUAGAUGGCAGAUUUAAGUUCUUAUCGAAAAUGCUGUUAAUAAUAUUAUAGUACAUAGCAGCAUACACAGCAGCCAUAAAUUAAUGAAUUUAUUUGAACAAAAAAAUUAAUUAUCAAUUUUUGAAUGGGUUAAGUGAGACAUCAUCAGGUCUUUAAAAUCCCAAUACAGGGUUAUAGAUAGGCCUUUUCUGUGGAUGGAAUAUAAAAAUAGGGUAAACUGGCCAUAAACCCACCAAACUGUCUUAGUGCGAGUUGGGAACCUAUAGCUUAACAUACUUUCCAAAGUAAGAAAGUUGAGCACCUUCUUAUGUGUAUUUAUAGAGAUCUUUUACAUGUAUUAAUUUCACAAUAAUUUGCUAAGCUUAAGUUUUUUUACUAUAUUAUCACAUCUGGACAAAUUAUAUUCUUUGUAGUUUUAAACAGAAAUUUAAAUUACAAUUGAUACAUAUAAACAAUCUCAAUGAUCGUAACCUUCAUGAGAAAUCUAACAACAGUACAGUACCAUAGGUUUUUUGUAUUAUAGGUUUUAAUGGAUAAAUUGUGGUGCUACAUUGUACACAGAAACAUUUACUUAAUACUGCAAAAAAAAACCAACAGUUUACAGCUGGGAAUAGUUCUAUGAAGUCCAUGCCUCUUACUAUGCAUUAAUAUAAUUAUAGUACAAAAAUGAUGCAGGACUAUGUACAGUCAACAGUGGGUCAGAUAAUACAAAUUUCUCCACAUAAUUUUAAACAUUAAUGUUUUAAAGGUAGAAUUUAAAAAGAACUAGAGAAAUUUGACAUAUUGUGGUAACCUGGUAUGCACCCAUGUGUAUUGUACCACCAUGUUGUAUGAACUAUGCAUACUGUAAAAUUUCUCUUAUUUUUAUAGAUUGUACCAAGUAAUUAGCUAAAGACCAUAUAUACAGCUUGUUGAAUAAACAUUCAUUAC